UGACUUAAAAGUGCGGAUUCCAAGUAUAUUUUUAGUAGCCCAAUUUGUAACUCAUAUUUUUACAUUUUUGAAAAAAAAAAACGAUUUUUGAUUCCUAUCGAUUUAAAUACGCGCUUUUCGAGUCUCUUCAACCAUUGACAUUAACAUCUUCAAAUAUGAUAAUGAAGACUACUGUGUCAACCGUUUUUUUUUUUUUGAGGGAGCUUAUGGAACUUUGGAAAUCUUACAAUCCAGAUUUUGCUGUAUACUUAUGUAUGUUAGUUAUGGCUUUUUUAUGGCUUUACUGGUUGUACUUUGUUCCCCUUGUAUGGCAAAAGAAUCUGGACCACUUCAAAGUUUCUUUUUUAAGAAAUACAGGAAGUGUUAUUUGCCAUGAUCACAAACGUGAUACGAUAAAUCGACUACGAAAUAUAAAAAAUCAAAACACACUUGAAAUGCCUCCCCCUUAUCCUAACGGUUGGUAUGCUAUCCUGGAAUCGUCCCAACUUAGAGCAGGGGAGGCUACUUUUUUGUCAUGUUUGGGAGAGGAACUAGUUAUCUUUCGCACUCAAAAAAACAUGGUUUUUGUUCUGGAUGCUUAUUGCCCCCACUUAGGAGCCAACUUGGGCAUUGGUGGAAGGGUAAUUGACGACUGUAUUGUAUGCCCAUUUCAUCAAUGGAGUUUUCGAGGCUCAGACGGACUAUGCACAAAUAUUCCGUACAGCACUUCAGUUCCUAAAGGAUCACAAAUAGCCAAUUGGAUUUCGCAAGAAAUGGAUGGAUUUAUAUUUAUUUGGUAUCAUGCUGAGCCAACAGAAAUACCAUGGGAGCUCCCUUUAUCUAUGGAAGUUAGAGAAAGCUUUGUAUACCAUGGACAUAAUGAAUUUUACAUCAAUUGUCAUAUUCAAGAGAUACCGGAAAAUGGUGCUGAUAUUGCACAUUUUAAUGCUAUUCACAAUGAGAGCCUUAUUGACAACAGUUGGUUUAAAAAGAAGGUUUUAUCUGGCAGGUAUGGAUAUCAUCAUUGGAAAGCGAGUUGGUUCCCAGCUCCUGGAAAAUUAAAGCAUUUAGCUACAGUUAAUCUUACUCACACACUGGAAAUAUUCGGAAGGUUUAACUGUUUUCGGAUGGAUGUUUCUGGCAAACAGAUCGGACCGUCAUACGUAUGCCUUGAAAUUAAUUCAUUUACAUUUGGAAAAAUUAAAAUUAUUCAAGUAAUUACACCAAUCGAGCCGUUAUUGCAAAAAGUAAUUCAUCGGUUUUAUGGCCCCCGUUGGUUAGCGCCUCUUAUGAAAAUAUUUAUUUGUGGGGAGAGUCUCAUGUUUGAACGCGAUAUAAAUGUAUGGAACUAUAAGGUGUUUAAACGGAAUCCCAUUUUAGCUAAAGAAGAUUCAUCGAUAAAACAGUUUAGAUUAUGGUUCUCACAAUUCUAUACAUCUAACAGCAAGUCAUAUUCGGAAGUAGCUAAUGUUGGCUGGUAGUUUUUUAUAUAAAACUAAUCUGCAUUUUUUCUUUUUUUCUUCAAAAACUAAUUGAAGUAAAUUUAUAAUCAUUUAUAAUAAAACUCAAAAUAAUAGUUUAUUUUUAACUUUUAUAUAUUAACAUGCCUGCCGUUCUUCAGCUUAGAUCGGGUCUAUACUUAAAUCUAUGUUUAACUUUAUUUUCCUUCCUUUCCUUGCCUUCAAGCCUGUCCGUUCAUAUUUUCAAAAACGGAUAUGUACUUUUUAUAUGAUUUUUGUCCUCUUUGUCCUUCGCCCACGGACAGAUUCUACCCAAGGACAAGGAAGGAUAUGAGAUGACGAAGGAUUACUAGGAUGUGUAGGAUAACCUUGAUCAUAAUUAUGUAAGAGAGUGACUAGAGUGAAGUGUGUAACAUGGAUUGGAAACAAAUAAAUAUAUAGAACAAAGUACAACUGAUAACAUAGCAAUAAUUAAACGAAUAAAAGAUAAAUAAAAUAAAUGCAACGAGGU